AUGGUUGUCGCAAGGCUAAGCUUCGCUGCUCUCGAGACCGUCCAGCAUGUUCUCACUGCAUCAAGAUUGGCUGGCGCCAUCGAGAACAUCCAAAGGCGUCUAGAUGCCCUUGAGCAGCGUUUGAGUCAGGAACCCUUGAGCUCAUCGGCUAGCACCACGCAGGACGACCGGCAGCGGUUCACUGCUGACCGGGUCGAAAGUCCAGCCGAAAGUGUUCUCGCCUUACUAGCUAAUGAGCUCCCCAAGCUUAUUGCGUCUUCAAAACAAAAUGUCCGAAGUUCCCAGGCUUCUAUGCGAGGUUCCAGCAAAAGGCGUCGUUCCAAUGGCACAGAUAUUGGCGAGGGCUCUGAAUUCACUGAAAGUGAUCCGCCUUUACCGUCUUUUAGAGCGCUCGAGUCCUACAUUGACACCUACUUCACUCAUGUCCAUCCCUGGAUACCCAUGCUUAACCAAGAUCGGUUUCGCCAACGCAUGGAAGAUCCCAGCGAACUACCAAAGCUCAAGGUCAUACUUCAGGCACUUGUUAUGAUAGCAUCCAGGUAUUUACCCCAGGAGCUUGGGUUGAGCGAAAUAUGGCCAGUGGAAAAAACACGAGAGUGGGUCAUUUUAAGGUCAAUGGAAAGCAAUACACUGGAAGGCUUGCAGGCUUUGAUUAUCAUAGUUUUUAACGAUAUUGGAAGCGGGGAUGCUGACCGCUCCUGGGCCAUCAUCGCAUCGCUGAGCCGAAAGGUCGAGUUUCUCCAGCUUACCAUGGACCCCGAAGACGAAGCAGCCCAGCCCAUUUGCAGACCAUUCUCAUACUUAGGGCCAGCCAAGGAUUGGACCGACCAGGAGGAAAGGCGCCGCGUCUUUUGGAAUGUCUUUCUACUUGAUAGGUAUUGCUCCAUCACCAUGGGCUGGAAUACGAGCCUAACCUCUGUCGAUGUUCACCAACGACUCCCAUGUGAUGGUAUUUUGUGGCGCAAACAAGAGGCGGUUCAGACGCCUUAUCUCGGCAUUUGGGAUAAAUCAACAGGGGGCAUGGGCAACAUGGCAGCAAGCCGCUCUCGUCGAGAUGUCGAGACGCCUGACCAGACAGACCGGCGAAAUCAGAUUGAGUCUGACCCAAACGAAAGCGACGUGUCGCAGAUAGGAGCAUUUGCUUACAGCGUCGAGGCCACCGAGUCAAUGAGUAGAGUCACGACGUACUUCCUGCAGCAUCGCUUUGACCCCAGCAACCCAGACGCAGUCAGCUCUUGGCUUGCGCGGUUUAAAGAGCUUGACCUGCGUCUUGUUCAGUGGAAGAUUUUCUUGCCCAAGAAGUGGAAUUUUAGCGUUUUGAGACAGGCCUCACGAAUGGACCCCAACCUCACUCUCGCCCACGUCAUCCAUAAUGCAUCUACAAUUCUACUUCAUCAAGUCAUCGCAUGGCCACGACCGUCGUGGCCGUUCAGAAAACGAUUGCCUAGCGUAUGGAGCGCUGAUACUUGUUGCUCUGCUGGUGUCGAGAUAUCAACAAUUGCUCACAAGUAUCUGGAAACUAAGAUGUUGCUCAUCCAUUGGAAGAGCGACCCUUCGAACGAUCGUUUGGAUGAUUUUCAAUCAAUAACACAGAGCUUGCAAGAAAUGUCCAGACGUUGGAAUGGCGCAAGCAAAGAGCAGCCAAAGGACCUCGCUUUCAAAUAUGCUACUAAGCUAAAGGACAUGUACAAGCGAUGCCAGGAGGAUCAAAGCUUUAAGAUUAUUGUGUCAGACUAUACCCAGGAGAUGGAGCAUCGAACUUGGGAUCAUAUGCCAGAAAGUGUGACCGAGACAAGGAACGCCCAACAGUGGCCUAAUGCAUUAGAGCUGCAACAACCUUGGCAGUCUCAACUGACGGCAAACAGCACCACAUCGUACCCUCCACGUUCGUCGCCAGUCCAAUAUCAAGAUGCGGGUAGAAAUCAGGGUUCUAUGGACAACACUGGCUCGGACAUUUUGAAUGAUGCGACUGGAAUGAUUUCCAGGCAAUUCAUGCCAGUAGAAGAAUACUUCAUGGACAUGGAUCGUGUUAUUGCCUUUGAUGAUGGAAGUCUCUUUAUGGCUGGCCUGGAUAAUGGAGCUUGGUAA